AUGACGGUCGAGCUCACCAACGGCCAACCCGGCCACGACAUCCUUCCACCAUCGCCCUCCACCGCCUCGCCCAACCUGACCUCGACCAUCCACGCGCACCUGAAAUCCAUCACCUGCCUCGCCUUCUCCCCUUGCGGCACGCUGCUCGCGCUCGGCUCCUCCUCCUCGCACAUCUCCCUACACUCGCUCCCCUCUCUCACCCACCUCCACACCAUCACCACCUCCCACACCUCGGGCAUCAACGACCUCACCUUCUCGUGCGACUCGCUCUACCUCGCCUCGGCCUCGGACGAUCUGACCAUCAAAAUCCACUCGCUCCUCACCUUUUCCCCCAUCCGCACCUUCGCCGAUCACACGUCGUACAUCCUCUGUCUCGCGUACAACCCAACCUCGACGCUGUUGGUGUCGGGAUCGUUCGAUGAGACGGUUCGACUGUGGAACGUUUCGCGCGCCAAGUGUCACCGCGUCAUCUCUGCGCACAGCGAGGCGGUGACGGGCGUGUGUUUUAGCGGAGAUGGGACGAUGAUCGCCAGCUGCUCGUACGACGCCACCAUUCGGCUGUGGGAUACCACCUCCGGCGCCUGUCUCAAAACGCUCGUUCAUAAGGACCAGUCCCCGCUGGGAGGUGUAGUGUUCUCCCCCAGCAGCGCUCAACUCCUAGCCACCAGUCUAGACAGCACCAUCCGAAUGUGGGACGUGUACAACUCCAAGAUCGUCAAAACCUACACCGGUCACCUCAACACCAAAAUCCCCAUCACUGCAAAGCUCACACGUUUUUUGCCCGAAGCAGCACAAAGCGCGCAAGAGGAACCUUGCUCAGCAGCAGUCAUCACCGCUGGAGAAGACGGCAAAGUUACACUGUGGGAUGUUCAAUCGAAGAAGGUGUUGUGCCAGUGGAUGGCUCACAAAGAUACAGUCGUAGCCGUAGCACUCCACCCAUCCCAAAAGAUCGUGGCCACCGCUACUGUAGAACCGGAAUGCUCCGUCAAGCUCUGGCACUUUCCACACACCACAAGCUGA